CGCCCAUGGCGGCCCUCGGCCCCAGCAGCCAGAAUGUCACUGAGUAUGUCGUCCGAGUCCCCAAAAAUACCACCAAAAAAUACAAUAUCAUGGCUUUGAAUGCAGCCGAUAAAGUCAACCUCACUACUUGGAAUCAGGCCCGGCUGGAACGAGACCUGAGCAACAAGAAGAUUUACCAAGAGGAGGAGAUGCCUGAGUCGGGUGCCGGCAGCGAGUUCCAUCGCAAGCUCCGGGAGGAGGCACGGAGGAAGAAGUACGGCAUUGUCCUCAAGGAGUUCCGGCCAGAGGACCAGCCCUGGCUGCUGCGGGUCAACGGCAAAUCGGGCCGCAAGUUCAAGGGCUUCGAGGCCUUCCCUGUGCACAACUGGUAUAACUUCACGCCGCUGGCCAAGCACCGCACGCUCACGGCCGAGGAGGCUGAGGAGGAGUGGGAGAGGAGAAACAAGGUCCUGAACCACUUUAGCAUCAUGCAGCAGCGGCGACUGAAAGACCAGGACCAGGACGAGGAGGACGAGGAGAAGGAGAAGCGCAGCCGCAAAAAGGCCAGCGAGCUGCGCAUCCACGACCUGGAGGACGACCUGGAGAUGUCGUCCGAUGACAGCGAGGCCAGCGGCGAGGAGGGUGGCAGAGCCCCCAAGGCCAAGAAGAAGGCACUGCUCAGGAAGGGGGGCCGGAAGAAGAAGGGCUCAGAUGAUGAAGCCUUUGAGGACAAUGAUGACGGGGACUUCGAGGGCCAGGAGGUGGACUACAUGUCCGACGGCUCCAGCAGCUCCCAGGAUGAGCUGGAGGGCAAGCCCAAGGUCACCCAGCAGGAGGAGGGUCCCAAGGGCGUGGACGAGCAGAGUGAGAGCAGUGAAGACAGCGAGGAGGAAAAGCUGCCCGAGGAGGACAAGGAGGAGGAGGAGGAGGAGAAGGCGCCCACGCCGCAGGAGAAGAAGCGGAGGAAAGACAGCAGCGAGGAGUCCGACAGCUUGGAGGAGAGUGACAUCGACAGCGAAGCCUCCUCGGCACUCUUCAUGGCGAAAAAGAAGACGCCCCCCAAAAGGGAGCGGAAGCCAUCAGGGGGCAGUUCCCGGGGUAACAGCCGGCCAGGCACGCCCAGCACUGAGGCGGGCAGUGCUUCUUCCACCCUCCGGGCAGCCGCCAGCAAGCUGGAGCAGGGGAAGCGCCCCAGCGAAACGCCGGCAGCCAAGCGGCUACAACUGGACACCGGGCCCCAGAGCUUGUACGGGAAAUCCACUCCUCAGCCCCAGUCUGGGAAGUCAGACGACGACGUUCAAGUGACCGAAGACGCCGUGCGCCGCUACCUGACGCGGAAGCCCAUGACCACCAAGUCCCUGCUGAAAAAGUUUCAGACCAAGAAGACGGGGCUGAGCAGCGAGCAGACAGUGAAUGUGCUGGCUCAGAUCCUGAAGCGCCUGAACCCUGAGCGCAAGAUGAUCAACGACAAGAUGCAUUUCUCCCUCAAGGAGUGAUGCUGCCCCAAUAAACAGGCUGUUUUACA